AUGGAACAGAGGAGGCCCUGGCUACGGGCUGCAGAGGUUGACCGCUGGUCUGUGGUCCUGCUCUCUGUGGUCUGGGUGCUGCUGGCCCCCGGGGCGGCCGGCAUGCCUCAGUUCAGCACCUUCCACUCGGAGAACCGGGACUGGACCUUCAACCACCUGACCGUCCACCGAGGCACGGGCGCGGUGUACGUGGGGGCCAUCAACCGGGUGUACAAGCUGACGGGCAACCUGACCAUCCAGGUGGCUCACAAGACGGGGCCGGAAGAGGACAACAAGUCCUGUUACCCGCCCCUCAUCGUGCAGCCCUGCAGUGAGGUGCUGACCCUCACCAACAACGUCAACAAGCUGCUGAUCAUCGACUACUCGGAGAACCGCCUGCUGGCCUGCGGGAGCCUCUACCAGGGCGUGUGCAAGCUGCUGCGGCUGGACGACCUCUUCAUCCUGGUGGAGCCCUCGCACAAGAAGGAGCACUACCUGUCCAGCGUCAACAAGACGGGCACGAUGUACGGCGUGAUCGUGCGCUCCGACGGCGAGGACGGCAAGCUGUUCAUCGGCACGGCCGUGGACGGCAAGCAGGAUUACUUCCCGACCCUGUCCAGCAGGAAGCUGCCCCGCGACCCCGAGUCCUCUGCCAUGCUCGACUACGAGCUGCACAGCGACUUCGUCUCCUCCCUCAUCAAGAUCCCCUCCGACACCCUGGCCCUGGUCUCCCACUUCGACAUCUUCUACAUCUACGGCUUCGCCAGCGGGGGCUUCGUCUACUUCCUCACGGUGCAGCCCGAGACCCCCGAGGGCGUGGCCAUCAACUCGGCAGGGGACCUGUUCUACACGUCCCGCAUCGUGCGCCUCUGCAAGGACGACCCCAAGUUCCACUCCUACGUGUCCCUGCCCUUCGGCUGCACGCGGGCCGGGGUUGAGUACCGCCUCCUGCAGGCCGCUUACCUCGCCAAGCCCGGGGAGUCCCUGGCCCAGGCCUUCAACAUCAGCGGCCAGGAUGACGUGCUCUUUGCCAUCUUCUCCAAAGGCCAGAAGCAGUAUCACCACCCGCCCGACGACUCUGCCCUCUGUGCCUUCCCCAUCCGGGCCAUCAACCUGCAGAUCAAGGAGCGCUUGCAGUCCUGCUACCAGGGCGAGGGCAACCUGGAGCUCAACUGGCUGCUGGGGAAGGAUGUCCAGUGCACCAAGGCGCCCGUCCCCAUUGAUGACAACUUCUGUGGACUGGACAUCAACCAGCCUCUCGGAGGCUCGACUCCAGUGGAGGGACUGACCCUGUAUACCACCAGCCGGGACCGCAUGACCUCAGUGGCCUCCUACGUUUACAAUGGCUACAGCGUGGUUUUUGUGGGGACGAAGAGUGGCAAGCUGAAAAAGAUUCGAGCCGAUGGUCCCCCCCAUGGAGGGGUCCAGUAUGAGAUGGUCUCUGUGCUCAAAGACGGGAGCCCCAUCCUCCGGGACAUGGCCUUCUCCAUUGACCAGCGUUACCUGUACAUCAUGUCUGAGAGACAGCCGCCCAGUUCUUGCUACAACCUCACCAAACAGAGGGGUUCCGUGGUAGCCAGUCACACCGAGCGGAUACAGGAAGAGUUUGGGUUCGAAGCCACGGGGCUGUCUCCAGUCCGGUGCUCCCGCAGGGACAAGUGCCAGCGGGCCUGGGAACCUAAUCGAUUUGCCGCCAGCAUCAGCCAGUGCAUGAGCCUCGAGGUGCAUCCCAGCAGCAUCUCAGUGUCUGAACACAGCCGCCUGCUCAGCCUGGUUGUGAGUGAUGCUCCAGACCUGUCUGCGGGCAUCUCCUGUGCCUUUGGGAACCUGACAGAGGUGGACGGACAGGUGUCUGGGAGCCAGGUCAUCUGCAUCUCACCGGGGCCCAAGGAUGUCCCUGUCAUCCCUCUGGAUCAAGACUGGUUUGGGCUAGAGCUGCAGCUGAGAUCCAAGGAGACAGGGAAGAUGUUUGUCAGCACUGAGUUCAAGUUCUACAACUGCAGCGCCCACCAACUGUGCCUGUCUUGUGUCAACAGCGCCUUCCGCUGUCAUUGGUGCAAGUACCGGAACCUCUGCACUCAUGACCCCACCACCUGCUCCUUCCAGGAGGGCCGGAUCAACAUUUCAGAGGACUGUCCCCAGCUGGUGCCCACGGAGGAAAUCCUGAUACCAGUCGGGGAGGUAAAGCCAAUCACGCUUAAGGCUCGAAACCUGCCCCAGCCGCAGUCGGGCCAGCGAGGCUAUGAAUGUGUCCUCAACAUCCAGGGGGCGGUCCACCGGGUCCCCGCGCUGCGCUUCAACAGCUCCAGCGUCCAGUGCCAGAACAGUUCGAAACCUUCCGGGUCCACAAGCUGGCCCCAGGAACAGAGGAGUGUGCAAGCAUUUAGCGCCCCUCAACCAGAGCAGGGCAGGGUCAUGGUGACAGAGGAGGUGGGGUUCUGUGCCGGCCCUAAUGGCUACCAGUACGACGGGAUGGACAUCAGCAACCUGGCUGUGGACUUCGCCGUCGUGUGGAAUGGCAAUUUCAUCAUCGACAACCCGCAGGACCUGAAAGCUUCCCUCCGAAUCUACCUUACCACUGUGUGCGUGCCUUGCAUCAGGGAGCGUUUUGUAUGGCUCCCUUUUUAUCUCUUCCUCCUGGACCAGAAGUUCCUGGAGGGCAAGUUUCCUGAUGUCCUGUGUAUUCACCAUCACCCCUAUGGUGUCAAGCCUAUUUUGACGGUGUCUGGACCACCUGAAGGAGGGACUCGAGUGACCAUCCAUGGCGUGAACCUGGGCCUGGACUUCUCUGAGAUCGCCCACCACGUGCAGGUGGCUGGGGUGCCCUGCACCCCCCUGCCGGGGGAUUACAUCAUCGCUGAGCAGAUCGUCUGUGAGAUGGGCCAUGCCCUCGUGGGAACCACCUCCGGGCCUGUACGCCUAUGCAUUGGCGAGUGUAAGCCAGAGUUCAUGACCAAGUCCCAUCAACAGUACACCUUUGUGAACCCUUCCGUGCUGUCGCUCAACCCCAUCCGAGGACCAGAAUCGGGAGGCACCAUGGUAACCAUCACAGGCCAUUACCUCGGGGCAGGCAGCAGCGUGGCUGUAUAUCUGGGCAACCAGACCUGCGAGUUCUAUGGGCGGUCAAUGAACGAGAUCGUGUGUGUCUCACCCCCGUCAUCCAACGGACUGGGCCCAGUCCCCGUUUCCGUGAGUGUCGACCGAGCCCGCGUGGAUAACAACCUACAGUUCGAGUACAUAGAUGACCCCCGGGUGCAGCGCAUUGAGCCGGAGUGGAGCAUUGCCAGUGGCCACACACCCUUGACCAUCACAGGCUUCAACCUGGAUGUCAUUCAGGAGCCAAGGGUCCGAGUCAAGUUUAAUGGCAAGGAGUCUGUCAACGUUUGUAAAGUUGUGAACACCACCACCCUAACCUGCCUGGCACCCUCUCUGACCACGGACUACCGGCCCGGCCUGGACACUGUGGAACGGCCAGAUGAGUUUGGAUUCGUCUUUAAUAACGUCCAGUCCUUGCUCAUUUACAACGACACCAAGUUCAUCUACUACCCCAACCCAACCUUCGAACUGCUCAGCCCUACCGGAGUGUUGGAUCAAAAGCCAGGAUCCCCCAUCAUUCUGAAGGGCAAAAACCUCUGCCCUCCUGCCUCUGGAGGUGCCAAACUCAACUACACCGUGCUGAUUGGAGAGACCCCGUGUGCUGUCACUGUGUCGGAGACACAGCUCCUCUGCGAGCCUCCCAACCUCACGGGGCAGCACAAAGUCAUGGUUCACGUGGGCGGGAUGGUGUUCUCUCCUGGCUCGGUGAGUGUCAUCUCAGACAGCUUGCUGACCCUGCCAGCCAUUGUCAGCAUCGCGGCGGGCGGCAGCCUCCUGCUCAUCAUCGUCAUCAUCGUCCUCAUUGCCUACAAGCGGAAGUCUCGAGAAAACGACCUCACUCUCAAGAGGCUCCAGAUGCAGAUGGACAACCUGGAGUCCCGCGUGGCCCUGGAGUGUAAGGAAGCCUUUGCUGAGCUCCAGACAGACAUCAAUGAGCUGACCAGUGACCUGGACCGCUCUGGAAUCCCCUACCUGGAUUAUCGUACCUAUGCUAUGCGAGUCCUGUUCCCCGGCAUCGAGGACCAUCCCGUGCUGCGGGAGCUGGAGGUGCAGGGAAAUGGGCAGCAGCACGUGGAGAAGGCCCUGAAGCUCUUCGCCCAGCUCAUCAACAACAAGGUGUUCCUGCUGACCUUCAUCCGCACCCUGGAGCUACAGCGCAGCUUCUCCAUGCGCGACCGAGGCAACGUGGCCUCGCUCAUCAUGACCGGCCUGCAGGGCCGCCUGGAGUACGCCACGGACGUCCUCAAGCAGCUGCUGUCCGACCUCAUCGAGAAGAAUCUGGAGAACAAGAACCACCCCAAGCUGCUCCUCCGCAGAGCUGCACUGUCCAGUGUGGUAGCCACACAGCCACUGUUCAUGCUCUACUGCGCCAUCAAGCAGCAGAUGGAGAAGGGUCCCAUCGACGCCAUCACGGGUGAGGCCCGCUACUCCUUGAGCGAGGACAAGCUCAUCCGGCAGCAGAUCGAGUACAAGACCCUGAUCCUGAACUGCGUCAACCCCGACAACGAGAACAGUCCCGAGAUCCCAGUGAAGGUGCUAAACUGUGACACCAUCACACAGGUCAAGGAGAAGAUCCUCGAUGCCGUCUAUAAGAACGUGCCCUACUCCCAACGGCCAAGGGCUGUUGACAUGGACUUGGAGUGGCGUCAAGGCCGGAUCGCCCGGGUCGUGCUGCAAGAUGAAGACAUCACCACCAAGAUCGAGGGUGAUUGGAAGCGGCUGAACACGCUGAUGCAUUAUCAGGUGUCAGACAGAUCGGUGGUGGCUCUGGUCCCCAAACAGACCUCCUCCUACAACAUCCCUGCGUCUGCCAGCAUCUCGCGCACAUCCAUCAGCAGAUACGACUCCUCCUUCAGGUACACCGGCAGUCCCGACAGCCUGCGGUCCCGAGCCCCUAUGAUCACCCCAGACCUGGAGAGUGGGGUUAAGGUGUGGCAUCUGGUGAAGAACCAUGACCAUGGGGACCAGAAGGAGGGUGACCGGGGCAGCAAGAUGGUGUCUGAGAUCUACUUGACCCGGCUACUGGCCACCAAGAUAGAGGAGAGCCCCGGGGAGAGCCCUGAAAGAGGCGCCCCCUGGGGGGCCCACUCCUCCGCCCCACCCACCGGGCCUGGCCUGCCCUGGGAAGUGGCGCAGGGGGCCAGGCUGGGCGGGAGCGCAGGUGGCGCCCUUUGUGGGGCUCCGAGGCAGCGCCUGGGGCUGCUGGCUGCGUCCUUCCGGAUAACGGCCAUGGCACUCCUCCCUCUGCGCUUCUGGGUGAACGUGAUCAAGAACCCCCAGUUUGUAUUCGACAUCCACAAGGGCAGCAUCACGGACGCCUGCCUGUCCGUGGUGGCCCAGACUUUCAUGGACUCCUGCUCCACGUCAGAGCACCGGCUGGGCAAGGACUCCCCCUCCAACAAGCUGCUCUAUGCCAAGGACAUCCCCAGCUACAAGAGCUGGGUGGAGAGAUACUAUGCAGACAUUGCCAAGCUCCCCGCCAUCAGUGACCAGGACAUGAACGCCUACCUCGCUGAGCAGUCCCGUCUGCAUGCUGUGGAGUUCAACAUGUUGAGUGCCCUCAAUGAGAUCUACUCCUACGUCAGCAAAUAUAGCGAAGAGCUCCUCGGGGCCCUAGAGCAGGACGAGCAAGCCCGGCGACAGCGGCUGGCGUACAAGGUAGAACAGCUCAUAAAUGCCAUGUCCCUGUCCAUUGAGAGCUGA